AGGUAGCACCCACUGCAAUGAAUGGUUUUAGGCAUGUUUAAGAGUAAGAGCUUGGGCUGUGGUGCUUAUUCACAAGUACUCCCAGCUCCCAGAAUGCAUCGGGUACCGUUUGUCGGAGGUUGGUCACAGUACUUGGUGUUCGUGGUGUACCCUGGGAUCUGUAGUCUCAGCCUCUUGAGUCCCCUUCCGGGUAGAACGGUCGCAUCUAAAGGCUUGGAGAGAGUAGACCUUCGGGUGUCCAGACUAUUCGCUGGCCCGCUUCACAAGAGAAGAGGGACACUUCAUUUGAUUGAUUUAAAUCUUGCAUCACAAACAAAAGGGAUGAAGAAGAUCAGAUGGAUUAGGAAGAACUGGCUGCUCGUGGCUGGACUGUCAUUUCUCAGUAUCCAUGUUGGGACCUAUCUUAUUCAAAGAGUAGCAAAGUCCUCUGCUAAAUCAAGCUUGGAAAUUAAAUCAAAGGAUUUUGACAAAUGAAGCGAUCUCUGCAUCGUCACAUUUAUCACUUGCACAACAAGUGUGUUUUUAUAUGCAUUUGUUUUGUCAUUGACUGUAUAGUUCAUUAAAUGUGUCUUGUAGAAAUGUU